AUGUCCACUACUACCAUCACACAACCUGCUCGCCACACUAUCGUCGCUGAAGAUACCAUUCCCCCAGCAGAGAACAGCCCCGUCUUCCAGGCUUUGGCCCGCGGAGACCAACAUGGAAAGCUGAAGUUGCGUGGGAUCCCCUCCUUCGACGACCCGUAUGCAAAACGACAGUGGGUGCGUGAGCAUAUGGCAGGGGCGUUUCGAUUUUUCGGAAAACAGGGAUACGGUGAGGGCGUGUCGGGACAUAUUUCUGUUCGAGAUCCGGUUCUACCCGGCCACUUCUGGAUGAAUCCGUUUGCGAAACACUUCUCGCUGAUCAAGGCGUCGGAUCUCGUCUUGGUUGAUGCGAACGGAUAUGUUGUAGAAGGUGGGAACCAGGCCAUUAUCAACGAGGCUGGGUUCAUGAUCCACUCCGAGGUGCACCGUGCCAGACCGGAGGUGAUGGCCGUAGCUCACACGCAUGGGGUUUAUGGGAAGACGUGGAGUGCAUUUGGGAAGCCAAUUGAAAUGAUCACGCAGGAUGCGUGCAAUUUCUAUGGUAAGUUGAGCGUGUAUGAGGAACAUGGAGGCAUUGCGCUGGCCCAGGAUGAAGGGAAAGCGAUUGCCAAUGCGCUAGGAAAGGAUAAUAUUGCAUGUAUCUUACAGAAUCAUGGAUUGAUUACCGUCGGGUCGACGGUUGAUGAGGCUGCAUUCCUCUUCUACAGCUUGGAUAAAGCAUGCCAUUCCCAGUUGAUGGCCGAAGGUGCUGCUGCGAAUGGCGUUCCUAAGAAGAUCAUCCAGGACGAUGUGGCUCAGUUUACGGCCAACUCUGUCCAGGACCCGCAUAAUUUCUACCUCGAAUUCCAGCCGGAAUUUGAGCUGGUCGUGGAGGAAUCUGGAGGAAGGUUGCUGCAGUAG